GUGCCUUCUGCUGACUGACUUGAUGCUGGCAGCCAAACUUCAGGAUGGACCCGAACAGAGGAAAACCCGUUAGUUUGUAGAGCCCAGAUUAUAACUGUCCAUGUCUACUUAAUACCAAACAAAGUUCGGGACCGCGAUGUCGAGAGAAAACACCACCCGGAGUCUGGACAGUAUAGACCUCGCUGCUUUAAGAGUGAGUCUGACUUUGAGUCUUUAUGUGAAACUUGGAAAAAUGUUGUGGGUGUUGCUGCAGAGUUGUAACGUUAGUUUCAAACAACAAGUUUGCAGAAGAAGUCAUGGAGACUUUCUUCUUUUGUGUUUGUCCAGUCAGAUCAGGUUUACUGAAGGCCUUUUUGUCAAAGAAAGCUUUUAUUCUGCCUGAAACCCCGAAGGCUGCUCAGGCUGCUCCGUGUCCUGUUUGGUUCUCAAACCACAAACAGGAUUUCACGAACUUCAUGAAAAACUGACAUGCAGCCAUUCAACAGCUCGAACUUAAUAAGAGGACUUCUUUUAUUUAGUGAUAACACUUUGGAAAUGUCAUUACAGGACUCUCACGACCUUCGUUACUUGAAGCUAUCACAGUCUUAGUUUAGGUGUUUGUCUCCUCUUCUAUUAUUGCAACACCUGAAAGUCCAUUUCUGCAACAUCUUGUUUGGAAAUUUCAUUUGCACAUGUAGGACGAAGUGUUCAGCGUUUCUAAUGUACCGUUAUACUUUAUAUUUGAUCGUGUCAAAACUGCCAGUAAAGCCAUGACCCAGUUCCCUCAAUAACACAGACUUUGUUUUAAACUCCAGGCCUUAUUCUGGUCCCUGGAAACUCACACAGCUGUCCCCAUCUACAGUCCAUCAGUGCUCAUUUCUUGUCCUUAGUACUGAGGUGUUUGAUGGAGCUGUCAGAGUUUUUUUACCUGUUGCCUAAAGACUCAGCUGAAGUGUUAGUUUCAGGGUGUUUGUACUGUUUUGUGUUGAAUCAGCUGGUGUUUUCCUGUUCACACAUACUGUUUCAUUUGUCUUUUUCAGGAUCCUGCAGGUAUCUUUGAGUUGGUGGAAGUGGUCGGCAAUGGAACCUAUGGUCAGGUGUAUAAGGUAGGUCUGCCCAUGAUGCUUCCUGAUCCGUUUGUCACUUUUAGUAGGCACGUCAACUCUGAAUGGAUACAGGGCUAUAUGACAGCGAGCUUGAUCGUGCAAGCUGUCCGCUUUGUAAAUGUUUUGUCAGUUGUUUGAAAUUGGCAGCUUUACGCUGCAGAGUCAGUGACAUGUCACUUCUGGUAAAUGUUACCCAGAGUGACACUUCCCACAGAAGAAAACAUCGCUUUUUUCUGCAGCAUCUUUUAAAGGGCCUAGGUGGGGCUCACUUCCUUAUCACUAUAUCUGUUUGCUUGCAUUUGUAACCACUUUGUGGUUAGGAGGAGGAGGUUGGUCUUAUUUUGAUCUGUGCUUCUAGGUCUGCCCUUCUAUAACACGAACUUUGAGUGACUUUAUAUGUGGAUUUAGUUUCAUGAAUAUGUUGAUAUUAACAAACUUAACACUAUUAGAUUACUGAGAAUAUGUCGUAGAGUAGUUUUUGGAAAGCUAGUACAGUCUUUUGUAUGGGCUGUUAUGUUUUUGUAUAAUUUGAGACAAGGGUUAAACUUUCACGGUUGAAGGAUUGAUGAGGGUUUCCUGAAGAGUGUGUGUGAAUUUCAGUGAAACAGAACAUGGGUGUGUUCCUCUUUUACCACUCAGCUUCCUUACAAGGGUCAUUUAGAUUUAGCAAGAGAUCCACACGCAAAAGAGACACCACAGUGUAUGAUGGCACAAAACUGGGGUGUGUUUUACCGGAGGAAUUAAAGUGCAAAUAACAUACCUUAAUCUAUCACGAACGAACGAUAGAUAGAUAGAUAGAUAGAUAGAUAGAUAGAUAGAUAGAUAGAUAGAUAGAUAGAUAGAUAGAUAGAUAGAUAGAUCGAUAGAUAAAAUAUAUUUGUGUUUGUGUGCAUUUGCUAGUGUGUUAUUGAGCACAUGUUUAUGAAGAUAUCUCAAGACCCAAACCAGAACUAGAUUAAGUAACUGAAUCCUGUUUCUCAAAACCCCUUUUUGAGAUCUGAUCAAGUCCAUUGCUGUAAUUUCAUGAGAUUCCAGCUGAAAUCCCAGGCCCUGGUCAGCAGACAGGAUAUCCUGACAUUUGUUCUCAUAAGGCAGAGAUGGAGAGUUACACGGGGAGUGCGGAGAAAACAAUCACAGUGCUUUCACCGAGGAUUUCUAAGUAUUGGCUCAUUUUUGCAUGUGAGCCUUUAUCAUUGUCACCACUUAACUGCAGUGGAAAUGACAAAAAUCAUGUCCAAAGCCCCUCUGUUAGACAUGAAACUAUGCUCAUUUAUGCUGAGUAUAAAUGAUAAUACUGAGGAUUUGUUGAUAGUGCAUUUAGAUGUGAAUACAAACCUAAAUACUUCAAACCAAUACAGGAGCCCUUGUCCUCAUUAGUUGUGUUAAAAGUGCGAUUGCCCUCAUGUUUGACAGUCCAUCACACUGGGUUUGCCCACAGACCCACAGUCCUGAGUGGAAAACCUGGAGAUUGAAUUCAAGUCAAACUGGGUGGCUGCUGGUUAUAAGUUGGAGUUCCUUAGAAGUAAAGCACUGACACACAAAAAAAUCAUCCACAGACACACACACACACACACACACACACACACACACACACACACACACACACACACAUGCACACACACAGAGGGCGUUCCCCUGUUCGCAGAAGAAACUUCCCUUCCCUGCAAGCCGCUGCUGAUUCAGUGUAAAUAUGUGUGUAUAUGUGUAUCAAUGUGCUACACUCCACUGUGUCAACACGACCAAAUCACAGCUGAUGAAACUUUGAGCUGCAUGGAGACUCUAAGAACGGGGUUAAGUUAGGAAGUUACAGAUAAGUUUAGUUAGAUUUAAAAAAAAAAAAAAAAACUGUCUUUUUAGAUGGUAAACCACAGCAGAGCUGCAGGGUUCGAGAAGAAACAAUGAUGUCUGUAUUUCAGACAUCAUCUCAGUUAAAGGUUCACGUUUUCUAUCGCUGCCAAGGUUACAUUUGCCGUGCUUCUUCUUUAGUCAGUUCACUUCAAGAUUGGUCGUUGAAUCAGACACUCUCUUAAAACCUAAAUCCCCACAGACUGGGUUAUUAUUAUCAGAGGAUUUAUUAUGGUUGUUGUUUUGAGCUGGAAUUUUGACUUUGCAAAUUACAGACAUGGUCAAUUCCCGCUGUAUUUGAAAUUCAGAUGCCCUCUGCAGCUGUUACAAAUCUUCAGAGGUCCCUGGGUUAUACUAAUCCAUCAGAAUGACACUAGCUGUCCUGAACAUAUGUAAAAGGUAACUUUUUAAAAUCUGCACACUUAAAAAGAGAUCUACUUUUAUUCACCAAGCUGCACCUGCGCGCACACACACACACACACACUCUCUCUUCUUCUUUCUUAUGUACUUUUUCUCAAUUUCAAUUUCAAUUUCAAUGAGCUUUAUUGGAACGAUUGUAACUAUAAUAUUGCCAAAGCCAUUUAACACAAUAAUAAUAAUAAUAAUAAUAAUAAUGAUAACAAUAAUAAUAAUCUCCCUCUAUCCCACAUACACAUACAGAGUCAGCUGAACUCGUGAUGUGUUUGUUUUACCUCUAAAUAUCUCAAUUACUAUAUUAACCUAUAUAUGAUUCACUGAAAUGUGAAUCAAAAGGAUUUUGUCCCCAAUAGGUCUUUACAAAUAAUUGCAGAUUUCAGCCAUGAAUGUCUGUGGUUGUGGUUUAGUAGUGCUUGGACAUGUUGACGCCAUGGUGACAUCAAAGGCUGUGAAAUCCCCCAAAACAGCAGCAGUCAAACCAGAGCGAGUCACCUUCACUUCCUUAAAUCCUCCUCUUCAAUCUCGAGGAUCACUUCUGUUUUCUGUGACCCACAUAUGAUCUGUCUUACAUUACUCAUGCUGACUGACAUACUGUGCUGACAGGAGUCUGAAAAAGAUCCAAAGGAAGACAAACUGGUGCAAAACAAACUUCAUCCUUUCAUGGAAGCGUUAACUCCACACGACUCUGUGAUGUUUCAGCUAUACAAAAGGCCAUCUGAGCAGAGUGUAGACAGGGCGCUCGUGCUUUAUUGUAGCCUGUUUCACCUCUCAGUCCUCUGCUUUGUUUUUGAAGCUCCACCAGGAUCCACAGAUAACUUGUUUGCUUGAUGAUGGUAACAGGAAAGGAAAAACGGCAGAGGAAAAGAGACAAAAGAAGGAGAGAAGAGAUGGAGAGGAAGGUGAGAGAGCGAGGAGAGCCUAGGGGCAAAGGUGAAAGGGUGCACAGAGGAAGAGAGGAAGCAAGAGGAAGAGGGACUGAUGAGAAUAGAAAGCAGAGGGUAGAAGACCCCCACAAGACUGAGGACUUUGCUUUGAGCUGAUUGUCUUUGUGUAGUUGUACUUCAGUCUUUGGAUUGAGGAUUUGACCUGUCAGAGGAUCCACUGAAGAACUUCCUCUCAGAGCAGUCUCUUCACUGUAUAACUAAAGUACAGCAGAGUUUCAGUGUCGUACUUCCAUAAAGUUGGGCAGACCACAUGACCAUAGGGUGUCAUUUUAUUGUUCUAUAUGACCAAACAGCCUGUAAUGGAUCAGUAUGAAAACUAAAGGUAACGUGUUUGUGCGUGACAGUAUACAAACACACACAAAAACUUGUCAGAUCUCCUGCAUAGCUCUGUGUUGGUAAGAUACAGAUUGGUGAUAUGAUUCCCAUUCCGACAAAGCAGUGAUGAUACAAUAAUACAUUGAGAUAUGUUAAUACUGUAAGCAGGUAAUGAUAUUACAAUAUCGCAUUUUUUUCUAAAUUAGUCUUUAAAAAAAAAAAAAAACUCUAGCACUAUGAAUAACUCACACUUUUUUGCAUGAACAGAAAUAGUUCCUGUGAAAAGUUCUGUCAGAAGAACAGCUCAACAUCUUAUUUGUCAGCAGCAGGUUUGGUGGAGAGUUGUCAGGAUGGAUCCAAUAAUUUUAUUAGACGGGACAGCCACCAUUCUGAGACACUGCAGAUCUUUGCAAAUAAACUCAAGUCUGAAUUACAUAAUUUCAGUGGAUGAGUUUGAAAUAUGACAUUUAUUUUCCUUCAUUGAAACUUAAAGAACUUUGACUAAAGAGCGGUACCACUACCAACAGUUUAGGCUGAUGAAGAGUUCAGAGUCAGCGGCAGAAUCAGCUGUUUGGCAGAGAAGAUGUGGAAACUGUUUCAUUGGCACAUUCGGCAGACUCAGCUCUGCUGCUGAUCCCACAGACACAGCUCUGCUGCUUGUCCUUCAGACUUAGCUCUGCAGCUCAACCCACAGACUCAGCUCUGCAGCUCAACCCACAGACUCAGCUUUGCAGCUGAUCCCACAGACUCAGCUCUGCAGCUCGUCCCACGGACUCAGCUCUGCUGCUCCCCCCACAGAUGCAUGCUCCUCACAGAUGAGGCUAUGCUUUAAAGAGAAAUAAACAGGCUUAAUCCCAACAGAAUAAGAUGUAUACCAGGAAGCAAUGUUACAACUGAGAAAUGAUCCUCCAAACACUGGUGUCCUUUCCUUUCUAGAUGAACAAAUGAGUAUCCAUGAUUCCCGCUAAGAAUGCCGUAUCUUGAAUUGUCUAUUAUCAGGAGGACAGUUUUCCGCUGUGGCCUUUCUACUGUGUCAGUCUUAGAUGGGUUCAGGCCCAGAGACUGUUGUAGUUGGGGAUCAUGGAUCAAAAAUUGGUUUCUGCUUUGCCUCAUACAGUUUGAACCUUCAUAUGUGGGUGCAGUGAUGAGCCAUUAUCACAGUGUAUUUUUGAUAAACAGCUGUCAGCUCAAUGAAGUCCACAUCUAAUGAAGCAGUAUAUUACAAUCAGGAUACAGGAUGUCUCUCCAUGAACAUGGAACAUGAAUACAAAAAUCUAAGUCAUCUGCUCAUUACAGAACCACAUACUGUGUUUCAGAACUCUAAUUCUCUGAGUCUGUUUUACAAAACGUGUAACUGUAUGUAUGUAUGUAUGUAUCUAUCUAUCUAUCUAUCUAUCUAUCUAUCUAUCUAUCUAUCUAUCUAUCUAUCUAUCUAUCUAUCUAUCUAUCUAUCUAUCUAUCUAUCUAUCUAUCUAUCUAUCUAUCUAUCUAAACCUGCUCUCUUGGCUUGGACAUUUGAGAAAAUCAUGCUGUGGUGUUUUCAUACCCACUGCACACUCAGGGGCUGCUGUCACGGAGUCUGUACUGUUACAGAACCGUGUCAGCCUGCAGUGGGGAAGUCCAGAGGACAAUUGAAAGUUUUAACAUGGUGGAAGGAAAUCCCUGUAGCAGGAAUGCUGACCCAGCUAAAGCUUCGAGAAACAAGGACCAUGCAAACUGCUGCACAGAGAGGAGCAGAGAGCUGUUUCUACUUCAGCUCCUGUUUUUCAUCACCUUAUACAGAUGUAACUUUUGAAAAUGUUGUAGUUUUUGUAUUCAGAUGAGUAGGGGGUGUUCUGAUACAACUUUUGUACUUCCGAUACGAUACCGAUAUUGAAGCCUUUAGUAUUCGCUGAGACCGAUAUUGAUCAAUCUUUUUCGGACUUAAACAAAAAUACUGCCACAGGGCUGACAUCACUCCUACUCCUUGCUACUUUGUCAGUACCUUAUACUGUUGUUGUGAUCACAUGGACUCUGCAUGCUGGAUCCAGGCGCUGCUAGAUAAGGGUGCCGGAGUGUAGUCUGGAAUGGACUUGAAUGUAUCAGAGUGCUGAUAUCAGAGAUUUUAUAUAUAUAUGUAAAAUCUGCUAUCCGUUUUUUGCUGAUAUCAGACAGAUAUCCAAUAUCAAUAUUGUGUUGGGAUUUGGGACACUCCUACAGAUGAGUGUGUGAGACAUCUGUCAUUCUGUGAUGGUUUUCUCUUUCAGUCAGUCAGCUGGUCAGAACAUGUUUGCCUUUUACUUUGGAUCAGGCUGAAACCCCAGUACUGUUGCUAACAAAUCCAUACAUUGCUCCUUAUGUUAUUAGGUUGACCUUAACCUUCCUGUGUGUGCUCCCUCAGGGUCGACAUGUCAAGACAGGGCAGCUGGCAGCUAUCAAAGUCAUGGAAGUCACAGAGGUAAUCCUGUCAUCUUAUUCACUGAGUCUUUCUGUCUCCAUCCUCUGUUUCUUUCUGCCUUUAACAGAGCUGUCAAACAGUCCCAAAUAAUCACACAAUUUCACCAGAUAUUCCUGAUUAAAGAAAUAUUCAAUCAAACAGUAUAUUCAGUGUCAGUUUACUGAGAUUAUUGGAGUUGUUGCAGGUUAAGAUUAUCAAAAAGCAUGUUGGCUUUGGUGCAGCCUCACAGAGAUCAGUUAGGAGCACAUUUAGAUUUAGAUUUUUCUCCUCAGUUGGUAGGACUCCUCGGUCUGGUUCCUCUGUGUUUCAGACAGUAUUUAGCAGGAAAUGUCUCACCCACACACACACACACACACACACACACACACACACACACACACACACACACACUGCAGAGGUCUUUGUGUUUCAGAUGGAGGUGAGAGUUCAGUCUCUGCCUUGUCUAUCUUAUGAUGAUAUAUAGCAGGUCAGUGACAGGGAGAAGCCCUUUCCUUCGGCUUCAGCCUCAAACCUUUCAUCCAGUCCAGUGUAGAUGUAGGCGCUCUAGAUGUCACUGCUUAUUUCCUGGCUUAGUAGUGUCAGAACAAAAGCAGCUUACUGCAGAUGAAGCCGAAGUCCAAUCUUACUUAGAGAUGCUGCGUAUGUUAACAUAAAGGUGGGUGUCUGGAGGUGAUUCAAUACUUAAUGAUUGUUCAUGUAUUUCAGUUCUCCUAAAAGUAUCUGGGUCUGUUGAUCUAUAGACGCAUGAACACUAAACAAUAAAAACACCAACAGUGAUUUUCUCUGUUGUAUCUUUUGUUUUGUUGAAGGAGGAAGAAGAGGAGAUCAAACUGGAGAUCAACAUGCUAAAGAGCUAUUCCCACCACAGGAACAUAGCUACCUAUUAUGGAGCUUUUAUCAAGAAAGGUCCUGCUGGACAGGACCACCAGCUCUGGGUUUGUACCUGGCUCCUCUUCCCUGUUUGUCUUUUUUUGUAACUAAACGAUCCAUAUUUAGUUGACCAGCUACAAGCCUUUCUGCUUUAUAUGUAAACAAUUGUAUUAUUAUCAUUUAUGUUAUUUCCAGACCUUUUGUCGCUCUUAUUUUGACUGUUCCCUGUGUGCCUGUGAGACAUGUCUUGAUAUGUCCCUGUAGUUGGUGAUGGAGUACUGUGGAGCCGGCUCUGUGACAGACCUGGUGAAAAAGACGAAGGGGAACUGUCUGAAGGAGGACUGGAUAGCUUACAUCUGCAGAGAGGUGCUCAGGGUAAGGUGGAUGAGAGAAAAUCAAAUGACCACGCUAUGGAGAGGACAAUAUUUUUGCCUAGUGGGGGCAGUGUUAAGUCAUAGUGGGUGUAACAGUGAGCAGGGAUUCAGCAUCAGUAACCUCCUUGACUGUUGUCCUCUGUUUACAUCCUACACCCUGAGCUUUAAGCGGCGUCCUCUGGAGGUAUCCUCCAAAAACACACUCAGUACAUAGCCCAGCACAUUUAUAAUGAUGCAGCCGUACAUGUACACAAACAUGAAGCUACACACCGAGAACAUCUCAGUCCUUAAGGCUGGAUGGCUUUCUACUGUUGUUGUAAAGAAACACAACGCUGCUGUAAACAUGAGAAGAGAAGGGCCAAACUGGCUCUGGUUCUCCUCGUCAAAUGGAUCAGUAUCUCCGUCAUGGUUGUCCCCUGUCACUAUGUGAAAAUAAUCUGUCUAUUUAUUUAUUCAUCUGAAUACUCAAAGGUAGAGUUGAAGCACAUGCCUGUGAGAUGUUUUGAUUAUCAUUCUGAAAGACCACAAGGUCCUGAGAAAGACCCGGGGCUGUUUAUUAGCAGAGCAGAAAGACGAGCAGGGCAGAGAAAACCUAACAAACAAAAAAUUAACAUCAGUACAGUUUUUACUCAUCCAUUUGUUUUUGCUUAACUCGAUCAAAUGUCAAUGGAAAGUGAAAGGAUUUAUUUAUAGUUGUAACAGACUUGAGAGGCUGAAGGGUCUGGACCAGGACCAGGAUCAGGGUUUUCCCUGUUUCCGUCAGCCAAGCUGUCUCCUCAUUGUCUCAGCACACAGUAUACACACAGAGACACACACUGACACUUAGCAUAGUAUGAAGUCAUUGUCUGAAAUAGGCCUCACUUCCUGUUUAUUUAACCUCCUUUGAAGAAGCGAGAGUCCAAACGCACACAGACACACAAAAACCAGGACUUAAACUGUCCUAGAUUGUAACGGUGCCCUUGGGUCACCUCACUAUCUACAUUGAGGUUAUUCUGAAUCUUCUCAGAACUGGGUUGUGAACAGAAAGCUUUCUUUCUUCACAACAAACACAUCAUUUUAAGUUUCUUUUCCGAGCGUGUUUUCAGCCUCACAUCACUCCGAAUGUGAUCAUCUGACUGUGUGUCUAUCUGUGAGGUUUAGAGUGUGUAUAUUUGUCUUCCUGCAGGGUCUUUCCCAUCUUCAUUCCCAUCAUGUGAUCCACAGAGACAUUAAGGGACAAAAUGUUUUGCUCACCGAGAAUGCCGAAGUCAAACUGGGUAUGACACAUCAACACAUGCAUUGUGGUUUCCCCAGCACACAUUCUGCCUUCAAGCAAAGCAGCAGCAAUCAUAGAGUCAUACACACAGAUAUACAUCACAGACUCACACAAACACCACAUGAGGAGGCAGGGACUGAGCCUGUUUUAGAUGUACCCAGUCAACCGUUCCACUUUUUUUUUUUUCCCGUAGUUGACUUUGGAGUAUCGGCACAGCUGGAUAAGACGAUUGGUCGGAGAAACACCUUCAUUGGCACUCCCUAUUGGAUGGCUCCAGAGGUCAUCGCCUGUGACGAGAACCCUGAGGCCACGUAUGACUACAGGGUACUGACAACACAGAUUAGGCACUCUCGAAGUAAUCCUACUGCUCCAUUCUUUCUGUGAACGUAUGAGUAUCUGAAUAUAAAAGUGCGCUUCGACUGAAGUUCCUGUUCAAACUUUUAGUUCAUGCUGAUCAUGAAUGAGGUGGUCUGAGGUCAAACCUGAACAAUGUGUUUUAAUAUAUCAGGAUAAUAGAGAAAACAGAUAACAGCAGAAAUAGAGAUAACAGAGAUAUCUGUGAAAAAAGAAAUAACAGAUAUCAGUGAUAAUAGAGAUAACAGAGAUAUCAGCAAUUAUAGAGAUAACAGAUAUUAGCGAUAAAACAUAUAACAGAUAUUUGUGAUAAUAGAGAUAACAGAUAGCAAAAACAAAGCUAACAGAGAUGUCAGAAAUAAAAGAGAUGACAGAGAUAUAAGCAAUAAUAGAAAUAACAUAGAUGUCAGUGAAAUAGAGAAUCAGAGAUAUCAGCAAAAAUAGAAAUAAAGAUAUUAGCAGUAUUAAAGACAACAGAUAUCAGCGAUAGUAGAGAUGACAGAGAUAUCAGCAAUUAUAGUGAUAACAAAAAUAUCUGGAAUAAUAGUGAUAACAGGGAUAUCAGCAAAAAUAGAGAUAAAAAAGAUAUGAAUGAAAAUAGAGAUGACAGAGAUACCAGCGAUAAUAAAGUAUCAGAGACAUCAGCGAUAAUAAAGAUUACAGAUAUAACAAUAAUAGAGAUAACAGAGAUAUCAGAGAUAAAAGUGAUGAAAGAGAUAUCAGCGAUAAUAGAGAUGAAAGAGACAUCAGCAGUAAUAGAUGUAACAGAGACAUCAGUCAUAAUAGAGAUAACAGAGAUAUGAGAAAUCAUAGAGAUGACAGAGAUGUCAGCAAUAAUAGAGAUUACAGUCUUGAAGUUGUCUUGAAGGCUCAGGAAAGCCAUCUUACCUGGAGACUCAUCCAUGUUAGCUAACUUACAGCUGAGGUUAACCAGGAUGGCCUCUAAGGAUCACUGGAGAGUUUCAUUAUAGUUGUUACAGACUGAAGUUUAGAGGAAAUGGAAGAAGUCAGUCUUUGUUUCGCCAGUCUCUGUUUCAUGUGUGCGUCAGUCCUGACCUCCUCCUGUGUCUCCUGUCCUCAGAGUGACCUUUGGUCCUUAGGCAUUACUGCUCUGGAGAUGGCUGAAGGAGCACCUCGUAAGUAAGACACACUUCAGUGUACACACAGGCUGUAUCACAGUCUAUUUGAGCUGCAUGCUUUUUAACCUUUUAGGUUUGUUCAUGUCCUUGCCUGUUUCUCUGUCUCUCUCACUGUUUUUGUAAACGACUCUCUUGUUUCCUCUCUGAUUUGUUUCUAGCUCUGUGUGACAUGCAUCCAAUGAGAGCUCUGUUCUUGAUUCCACGAAACCCUCCUCCCAAACUCAAAUCAAAAAAAUGGUAAGUCUGUGCUGAAGGACGGUGUGGUGGUUCUGAAAAUAGCUCGAAAAAAGGCCUCUGUCUGGGUUUUUAUGCACCAGACAAACAGACUAAAUAUUGUUCCUCCUUGUACUCCAUUCUCACAAGGUCAAGGUCGCUCCAGUUCAAAGUCACUGUCAUAUUUUGUAAGCAACCAGAUAAACUGAGUCCUUAUUUAGUAACCCUCCAGUCUCUGUCUUUCACUGUCCUCCUCUACUCUCUUGUCACCCUCUCUGGUUGUCUCUUCCAUACAUAAUGAAUAGGUUUGCAGGACAGCUUGCAGGACAGCUUUUGAUAGCUUCAACAGUCAGGGGGGGUCAUGGUGGUUGUGGUCCUUUUGCCUCAGGGCCUACCGGAGGCAGCAAGCCUUCCAGAACCGAACCACCACAAGUAUUUCUCCUCCGUUUUCCUCUAGUUUAGAGCAAAGACGACAUGUCUGUUAAUUGAUGUUUCUUCAGCAGAAAUCAGACUCAGCUUUUUUUGACAGGAUUUUUUUCUUUUUUUUGGUUGCACACUGAUGAGUGAUUUCGGUAAGUUCCAGUAAAUAUUAAAGUAGUUUGUGGCAUGUUAUUAAAACGUUUACAGAUUCAUUUGACUGAGAAACUUUGAUUUUAAUGCUUUUGUCAUGUGAUUUGACUUAAUGUGUGUGACUGGCUCAAUGCUCUGCUCUGUGCUGUAAGAGUUCAGGUUGUUUGUGUUGAUCUUUUUUUUUAUAUAAGAGAACUUUUUUUUUUCUGUUUGAUCUGGACUUCAUUCUGAAUGUGGUUUACAGUGGAGGCGUACAUCGAUGUUAAUGUGUCUGUUAAAUGUCAGUGAGUUCAUUUCUCUUCUGUCUAUUUUCAACUCUUGAAAGUCGGUCAUUAAACAUGUACAGAUGACAUUUACAAAACCUAAACUGAGGUGUGCAGGGGCAUAUCCUGAAGGCAUUUAUGAAUAUGAUACAAACAGGUUUACAUGAGGCUCCUGAUCAAGAAAAAACAAAUAAUACAUUUUAGAAUUAAAUAACGUGUCAAACCUGUUUUCCCACCAGCACUGUCUCAAAUAUGAUCUUUCAUCUCUCUGUCUUUUGCAGGUCAAAGCGGUUUUUGUCUUUUGUCGACGGUUGUUUAGUCAAGAACCAUUUGCAUCGACCCACUACAGACACUCUGCUGAGACACGCUUUCAUCAGAGAUCUGGCGAAUGAAAGACAGGUUCGCAUCAUGCUCAAAGACCACCUGGACAGAACCCGCAAGAAAAGAGAAAAAGGUAAGGAUGGAUUUCACCAGAAACGGACAUCAGAGUUCCGUCCAGUUUUAACAUGUUAGAGCUGAGGAAUGAUAACACAGCAGCAGUUUUCUUUAAGCUUUUCUGCUCAUUUCGAGGAGUCAACAUGUUUGCAUACUCGACAUUUCACAAAGUUUUUGUUUCUUUCUGCUGAAGAUGCAUGAUGCUCUCGAUGAGUUGCAGAAAUGUACUAUAUGUAUGGAAAAAAGAACGAAGAGCGGGCCUGUGGGGAGAAGGACAGCUAUGACUGUGCCCUGCUUUGAUUCUUACAUUAGGAUUUAGGUCGAAAUCGUCUCGUUGCCCAUUAGACCUAGUCAUUUUGAUGACUAAACACAGCUGAGGUAAGGGGGAUAGAAACCAACCAAGACAGUGAUUACAGCAGAGAAAAUAGACAGGGUGAGAGAAAAACAGCUGAGAGAGGAAGAGAGAGAGAGAGAAGGAAAGUGCUGGAGCGAGGCAGAGAGGGGAAGGAAGGAGGAAACAGAUUGUCCAUCUGGUUCUAAUCUUCUGUUAGCUUCUAAAAACACACAAAUGACUGACGAUUAUGUGUUUGGUUGUUUGUGUUCGUGUGUGUGUGUGUGUUCACAAUCAGAUUUCAGCGUGUGUUUAUGCCCCUGUAGAGAAAUGAAAUGCUUCUCGAGAUGGAUUUAUUAAUAUUAUCAGUCAGACUGAGUUUUGGAAAAUGUAUCCCUCCUCCGUAUAAAAAAAGGUCGAACAUUAGCAGCGGCCGUUCUUUUUUCUCAUCUCCUCUCACACUCUCCUGUUCCAGUCUGACUGUUCCAGUCAUUCUCUGUCUCAGACUAACACACCUGUGUCCUGUUACCUUCCGGGGUAGUGAGGACAACAUAUGGCCUGUCCAGUGAAGUAAAAGCUCAAGUUCGACUGAGCUUCUUUAAGUUCACAGGCUCAUCGUACUGGCCUCUGGACAGCAAGUCUCCAGACUUGUUUUGGUCUAGUGAUCAUGUACAGUUUUCCCAUUUAUUAUUCAGAGUUCAAUGCUGAAGGAUGGGUACCAACCAUAGACUGUAUAUAGAAUGGACAGUCUGCCUCCUCGCGGGGUGAAGCCACUCCAAGAACAGCACCCUCUGUUGACAGGCUGCAGUAUAGGCCAUAAAUCCCGCCUCCGCCAGCAAAGCUUAUGGAGCUGUGGACAAACUUUAGAAAUUUGUUACACAGAACAUAAUUUUUUCUCCCCCCUGCUUGUGAUGUUGACAUGUCCUCUUUUUUCUGUGCAGCCCCGUUUUUAGAAGUUAUUAGGGGGUUCAUGUUUUCUAUGAUUGACACCUGAUACAGCCUAUGGGUGUUCAGGGAUUGCGUAGCUUACCCGGGGGAUACGCUGUUUGAGCCGAGCGUCAUCACAGCGACUCUCCAGCCGAAUGCGCACAACGCCACUGCGUAGUGCUGGUUUCAGGAAAUGAAGAAAAAUCCCGGAAAUACUGAGAGCUUUUUGGCUUCAAAUCCUUAUACAGGCGGGAGGUGAGACCAAGUUGUCCAUAAUAUAUACAGUCUAUGGUGCCAACGGCUCCACCGUAAUUGUUCCUUUAAUCAGAAGUUUUUCAUUUAUUUGUGUCAUUCAGUCUCAUGCUCUAUUCUAACCCUAUCUCUCUGUCUUUGUUUGUCAUGUUGGGUGUAAUAAAUUAUCAGAAGGUUGUUUCAUUUGAUCUGAACCCCAGUAGGCUGAACUCUGGAGUUCUUCUGUUCAAACAGCCCUCUAAAUGAAAAUCUCACCUCUGUUUUAAUGGCUGCUUAUGUGAAGACACUGUCAGGGAGUUUUUGCUGGUGGUGAACGAGUCUGGAAUUAAGAGUUUAACCUCUAGAUGAGCAAAAGCAAGGCUAUCAAAGAAGUCUGACUUUUUCUGUGGUUAUUUGUUGAUUGUCUUCAACCUCUGAGCUGUAAUGAAACAAUAAUCUCCAACACAGAAUAUUGAUUAGGUUGUAAUUUGAUUGGUUAAAAGGUGUUUGAUCAAAAAUAUUCUGAGUGUGUUGUUUAAUUGUUAACUCUGUAGCCCUCUUAAUAAGCUCUCAGUGAGCUUACUCAGCAGACUUUACUGACAUCAGAUUGAAUGUUUCACCCCACGGUCUGCAUGAGUCAGCUUCACACCUGUUUGAGUUUUACUGCUGUCACAGAUGGAGCCAAUAACAUUAUAAGUCCUUGAAUGCUGUAAAUAUUUACUCUUCAGCUCUGCAGCGUUUCCUUUCUGAACCCUCUCCACAGCUGAUCCUUGGUUCUCAUAAGGUGAUAUUUUAUUUUGUAUAAAGUCUUGUUGGAUAAAUGACCAAUAAUGUUCCUGUCUCUCUCUCUCUCGUCAUUGUCCCUGUUGGUCUUUCUCUUGAAAUGUUAGAGGGUCCGGAGUAUGAGUACAGUGAUGGUGAAGAAGAGGAAGAUGAAGUGACAGAGGAGGAAGGAGAACCCAGGUAAAACCCUUUUCAUGACAUGAGUUGUUCAAAAAUUAAUGAAUAUGCAGUUGGGUCUAAAUGUGAUGACUCACUGACUUGGAACAGAUUUCCUGUAACCCAGAUUGACAGCGACUCUUCCACAUGUACUCAGUGAAGCUGUUAAAAACGGUCCAUCCCUAAAGCAGUAGUGCUGCCAAGGAACAGUAGAGUUUGCCUGCACCUAUGGGAGAUGUCUCAACUUACCAGCUGUGUUUGAGAGUGUGUUUCUUUGGGGUGUUCGCAUGUGUCCUGGGUUCAAAGCAAGCUCAAAGUCCUAGCUCACAAAAAUAAGUGCUUAUGAACGUGCAAAUUAAGGAUGAAGGACACUGGUGCCCUCAAAAACAGGACAGACAGCCUUUCUGGGACCAGUAUUUGCUGGGCACUCUUUGUCAUGGUAUGAGGUUUCAUCUAUCCGUCAAGGCCAAUACCGUGCCUUUAAACAAACUUACUUGUGUACUCUCUUGCGGUCUUGCUCAGGGUUCCAGCCCCAUCUGUCCCUUACAGGUGUCCAACUGGAAGCAGAAUCUCAGAAAGUCGGUCUCAUUAUUGCUAAAAUCCCAUCCAAACCUCCAUGUGGUGUACUAGUAGCAUGAAAGAGGUGAUGGUGGUGUGCAGAGCUGUUGUCCAAGCAGUUGAUCUGUGUUCGAUUCCUUCUCAUUCUGUUUCUUAACCUUGAGUUAAAUUGCUCUUUCUGAACAGUCAUGCCUCACCAGAAUGCAAAUAUAAUGCAGACCACCAGAGGGACCAGUCAGGGCUCUAAUUCAAGGCGUAGUUACUGCUCUCUACUUACCCUGGUGUUCAUAUAUAGUCUACCAUGGUUAGGUCUUAAUCCGAAGCCUGUCAUGGCUGUAGAAGUCAGAGAAAUGUUGAUCUUAGUUGUAGCCGGAGUCAGCAGCCAUAGACAGCUCUGAUAUGUUCCAGGUGGGCCUCUCCAAAUGCUCUGUGUCCAGUAGACAUGACAGUUAGUUGUCUGGUGAGUCAUAGUGGUGAGCGUAGCUGCCUCUAUAACAGUCGACCUGGGUUUGAUUGAGAUAUGGACUUUAUCACCACUUUAUCCCAGUAAGAAAAAAAUGAUUAUACAACUUUGUUCUCAUGAGAAGAUUAUUUAGAUUUUACAAAAUGUUCAUUUUUUUCUGUCUUCAAUGUGGCCCUUAUACUCUGUGGACCUCGUAUGGCUGUAAAAAUGUUCCUGUAAGUGCAGAUGCCAUGUACUCAAAAACAUCUCUAUGUCCUCUAGAUAUUUAAACAGCAGAUGGCUCUACCACUACCCCUGAGGCUGGCUGAAGUUUGUGUUCAACUGUUCAUGCGUGUUUAUUAUCAUUAUAUCACAGUGCCCUCAGUAUCUUGUCUUUCUGUCCUUCCCUUGAAGCUCCAUAGUAAAUGUUCCUGGUGAGUGGACGCUAAGACGGGAGUUCCUCCGUUUACAGACCGAGGAUCACGAAGAGGCCAGAGAGGGAGGCCAAGGAGGAGGUGGGGCCAGACAUAGACAGCAGGUAGGAUUCAGAUUUUGCAUGAUGGGUGUUACUUCUUCAUCUUUUCUUAACUCAGUAACAAAACCUGCAACAAAGACUUUAGAGUUUGAGAAGCCUCUUUGAAGCUUCUGCGUAUUUCUGAGCUUUCACAGUAUAUACAUCAUGUCCAGCUUUUACAGCAGCAAAGACAGCAGUUGGCAGAGCAGGAACGAUACAAGCAACAGCUGCUGGCUGAUAGACAGAAGAGGAUCCAGCAGCAGCAUGAGCAACGGCAGAAGUUAGAAGACGUAAGUACUUUAAGAUGCCAUCUUUCUCCUUAAUAACUUAGCAUGUGCAGGUAAGUCUGCUGAUGAGAGCGCUGCAGAAAACGUUGCAUAAUAAGGAAAAUAUUCAGAUUUUUCAGCUCUAUUUGAUCAGCUCUAACUGUGUCUGAGUUUCAUAUACUUGUAUGAAAUGUCCCGGCAGAAAUAGCCUGUCUCUGUUGUUGGUAGUGGGUGAGGUUACACUCAUUAGUAUAUGAAGAACUUUGUUGUUGUCUGUGUAAAUGUAGUUGUCAUCAGUGGUACUUUUUGCUGUUUGCAGCAGCAGAGGCGGCAGCUGACAGACUGUGCCUUUCAGUGGGCAGACCUUCAGGAGAUUCUGCUGGGGGAGGAGUCUGAUCUCCAUGGAAACCGAGUCUUCCUGGAUGAUAGAAACAGCAGGAGUGACCGGAGACAGGUGAAGAUAAAUCCAUCCUUCUUCAUCACUUCUUUUUGAAGACAUUGGUUACCACUGUGAUUUGUCUGGCUCAAAGUGCCCUCAUUUUUAAAAAGAGAUGUAAAAGGAGCGAGAAAAUAUAGAACUGUAAUUUAAAUCAGUCUAUGUAAAUAAGUCAGGUUUCACAAACUUUGACUCACAUCAAGAUUUUGAAGAGAGAUUCAGAAAGAGGUCAUGAUGAAAUAUUUACAGUUGUGAGUGUUAGCUAAAAGCUGCAUGCCAUCCUGCACAUUCUGAAUAUUUUAGCGCCUACCUCACCAAAAAACUACUCAAGACCUUAGUACAUCCUAAUUAAAGGAAAGACCAUGUGUGUGUGUGUGUGUGUGUGUGUGUGUGAGAGAGAGAGUGUGUGUGAGAGUGUGCGUGUCUGCAGAGCAGACAGUGAUAGACUGUUGCAGAGCUGGUAUUAAGCUUAAAUUUGAGGGUAACACUGCGGAAGUUCUGAAAGGUUCUGGACCAGGCUGCCACAUUAUCUAACCCCACCACAUGGAUCUCUGUGUGUGUCUGUGAAUGUUGUCGUAUGUGUCUUCAGCAGGACCGUGCAGGCAGACACUGUGGUGCUGAUGUGUCUGUAAGACCUCUGGACUCGUUUUCAGAGCAGGUAAAAAAGCUUUUCCUUUUUAAACUGACCUGUGAUUCAUUUCUAAGGUUGUAGAUGUUAAACUGACUCUGAUCACCUCUCACAGUAAAGAUGGUAGCUGUCAGUCUGUCAGGCUCUUACAAACUAAUGCUGGAUGUGGUCAAAUGAAGUCACAUCACAGUCUGGAUCGCUUUAAGUUUUCAGAUAUAGUGAUUUAGUAAUUUAACUUGAAAACAACCAGAUGUUGUGACUUUUGUUGCUUUAAAACGUAAAGUAAAUUCAGACUGUGUUAUUAAGCUAAGGUAAAAAUACAUUUUACUCCCAGACUGAACCUAAGAGGGACCGUUUAUAUAAAGAGUGUGUGGGGGGUGAUAGGGAAGACAAUUGUUUGCUGUGACUGUGUCUUCAUGAAUAAGUCAAUUUACAAGCUCCUAAGAUUACUAAAGAAGAAAAUAUAUUUUUUAUCUAAAUGACUUUGAGAAGCUGAGAGAAAUAGCAGCAUACCAUAGCAGCACACUGUAGCAGCACACCAUAGAAGCACACUGUAGCAGCACACCUUAUCAGCACACUGUAGCAGCACACUGUAGCAGCACACUGUAGCAGCACACCAUAGAAGCACACUGUAGCAGCACAUUGUAGCAGCAGGAUUAGGUCUUGAUUAGGUUUUUUAUUUUUGUUUGUUGUAGUGUGUUGAGGAUUUUGAUUUCAAGUCUCUCCAUCUCUUAUCACACAGCUGUUCCCUAGCGUUAGCCUCUAGACUUUUUUCUCCCAUUUUUUUCUUUUCUAUCAUUUAAUCAGUUUUUCCUUUUGUUUUUUUCUCCUCCUAUUGGUCUCAUUGUUUCCAAAAUUUAAGGAUCUAAGAUUCAUUAAUAGUUUUUCCUUUUUUUGUCAUUUUGUUCUUCUUUAUAUUCUCUGUUCUUUUUCUUUGAUACUGCUGUGUAUUUUACUCAGUGCUGUUUUAUUACACAUUACUAACUCACUGUUUAGGAAGAUUGAUAUAAGGGGCUGUAUUAUUUCCCCAGCACUCUGGUUCACAACAAAGAUUGAUUUUCAUGUAAUGAAAUGUUUCAGUCACAUUCAUGGAUUUAUUUACAAAGGAGGGUUGUCUUUAGAGUUUCUCUUGUUUCAAGCUUGUUCUCAGGAGACUACAGCAGGUCUUCUUUUAGGGGGCCACAUGCUUAUAAAUCUUAUCCUGUUUAGGUGGCAUGAGGAACAGAACCAUGUUAAGGUGGACAGAACAUUUGCACAUAAUGUUUAUUCCUUUGUUUUGUUGAUGCUGGAGGAGCUGCAGUGUUUUCUGGAGAAGUAAAAGUUCUGAAAUGCAUAAAAAAAACAAGUUUGCUCUAUUUACACCUCAUCUUAGAGUUUCUCUUAAUCAUUUAGAAAGAGACAUGUUUGCAUGUUUUCAGUAAUGGCUUGCCAAAGUACAUUCAAAGUGACGAAACUACUUGGUAAAAUCUUGUUUAUUUUCAAUAUGUGGUCAAUUGAAACCCAGAAACAUCCUCCUGUUUUAAGUCCUCCUCCUUUGCAGAAUACAAAGUUCUUGUGUUUUUCUCAGCUCUGACAGUUUUCUUGCCUCAUGUUUAUCCUAAAGAGAGCUGUGUUUGGUUUGAAGUGUUAUAUCUUGCUGUCCUCUGCAGCUGGACUGAUUCUUCAGUCUGAAUACAUGUUGGCUUGUGUUUGACUGUAAGCGCUUUAUUGUCUGUCUGUGAUUGUGAUAUCCAGCUUGAUGCUCCAGGAUCUGCUUUAUGUGGACUUUUUGCUUCAGUUGUGGCUCGGAUUCUGCAGAACUUGGAGUACACACAUGCAGCACACAUUUCAACCGUCCAUCCUGAUAGUUCAGGGAACAAAUUGUUCAUAUGAAAAUUAGGAACAGCAACAUAAUCCGCAUUGAUAAAAACAAACGAAGCAAACAUUGCCUCUGUUUGUAUUUUCAUGGCUUUAAACUUAAAAACUUUACUAUUUAAGCCUUGUUCAUGUUGAUUUGAGUCGUUUAUGAGUUUUUAUCUAACAAUGGAUGAAAGAUAUUAACUCUGAGGCAGUGGUACCACAUUAAAAUGAUGUUAAAUCAUGCUAAACAUGAAAAUGGAGAACAACAUGAGGACAUGGGUGUCACUUAACUCUCAAAUGAGGAGAGCAUUUUUCAAUAUAGUUCAAAUCUCACCUUUACAACAGACCAGAGUUUCUGUUUAAACUGCUGCUUUGUUUUGGUACAUGUGGACCCAAGAGACUCAACACAACACUCAGAUAUACAUACAAAUAUAUAUAUAUACAUAUGCCUUUAUCCUCCAGACUCUGUCAGCUUUUCUGUCUGCUUUUUAUGUUUGCUACUCAGAGAGCUGCGGUUUCAAACCAGCUGCUUCAACACAAGUCCCAGCUAUCCCGUCCAAAGCAACAGCCGCAAGCAAAGCCCCAGUCUCUCGCUCCACAUCAGCAGCCCUCAGCAAGCAGAAGAUCGCACCGCACCCUGCCAAAGGACCAAACUCAGCUCCUUUCACUGCAGCACGACCACAGACACAGGGAUAGGGAGAGGGAGAGGGAGAAGCAGAGAGGAAAGCCCUCAGCUCAUAGUGGGAACACAGCUGCUGCUGUUACUGCUGCUGCUGCUUCCUCACCCAGCCACUCUGCACACAGCCAGCGUCCAGUGGUAAAAGCCCGCCUUCCUCAGCUAUCCCACACCUCAGUUUACCCUGCGUUCAUUUUUUUACAGCUUUUCACUCGCACCUUCCACAUUUUACUGCAAUGGUUAAGUUUUUCUUCUUUGCCUGCCUUUUGCUUUUGGUUUUUCCUUUUCUUAUUCUCUACCAACUUCCACUUUUCUGGGUUAGUGGACCCUUGAGUCAUAUGCUGAAAGUUGACAGAAAAUAAGCAGAUAUUGGUUAAGUGAUAUGCGAAUAUAUAGACAUAUACCCAACUGAAAUAUGAUGCAUACCCUCUCUUAAGGCAAAGACAUACAGGAUCAAUAUUGAGCGCAUUCCGCCUGUGUGGGGUGUUUGCUCCGUCAAGCAGCUCCGUUGAGCAGGAUGCAUAUUUGGAGCGUAGCAGCAGCGUAGUGCAGCCCCGGUCAGCUGGGUUCAGUACAGAGGAAACAACAUGCUCACAACAGGUUGUUUUGCCUUUCUGUGGUCUAUUUCCUGCUAAUUUGGAUUUUAUUCUGUGACUAUUGAACCUCUACUGAAUGUGAAAAGCAAAAUGAUUUUACAGUUUUGGUUUUUGCAGGUUUACUCAUGUUUAAUAAAGUAAACUAUGUUCCUUUAUACUGUGCUGUUACCUUCAGACAGAGUCAGCAGUUAAAAGUCCUGUCAGGGUCCACAUGCAUCAGAGAUUGACCAUUGGAUUGUUCUGUGUUACUCAUCAAUCCAAAACCAAGAAGUAUUUGUCAUCUACACCAACUGAUACACAGUCAGAAGUCUGCAUAUGGUGUUUUAUUUUGAAAUUUACCAGAUGACGUACGGAUUUCGUGCAUUACAUCCUGUCUAGAAUGAUCUUCUCUGUGUAGAUUGACGUGUGUUGGAAGCGUAGAGCAGCAAAAAAAGACCUGACGCAUAUCUUUGGCAGAGCUGCGCUUGAUAAGCUUCUGAUAUGGAGCUGCGAUGGAGCUGAUAUGCGUCCUGUAUGCGAUGCUGUAUUGUUUAGAACAGUAACCUAUUUGAUUCGUGAUACACAACGCUGAGGAUACAAGCUCAAUACAGAUCCUGUGUGUUUUAGCCUUUUGUCAUAGUAAAACUAGAAAAGGACUGAGGAGCAUCAGUGACAUGCUUUGAGAGGAGAUUAUCGAACAGCUAAUCCUUGGGCCUCCAGAAAAAUCAGCUGCAGUAAAACACAAUGAGGGGUUUACUGGAUUAAUUUUGACUCAUGAUGAAGGCAGAAUUCUGGGUUUGAAAUAUUGGAUAUUUGUGUGAAGAGUUCAUGCCUGAACUAAAGUGAUAAAUGCUCCCUGCUUGAAUCUUUAAUGGUUUUGUCUGUGUGUCAUUAGUCUGAAUAAUCUAGCGGGUCAGUGAAUCAGUGUGAAUCAGCCUUUUUUCAGGCCCAUGGUACCACCUGUGUUUGUGUUUUAGAUGGACAUCCAAGAAUCAAAUCUUGCCAGGCUCCUUUUAGCAGCUGGUCUUCCCAACCAGGUGCACCCUAGGAUGGGCUCUGGGAGCAGCUCCAGUCCUUGUACCCCAGCCAUGCAGAGAGCCCACCCUAACCAGGUGUCUUAGUUAUAUCCCUGUUAUUAAUGUUGUUUCUAUGCAGGUAUGAUCUGCAGCUGUGAAUGGCCAGACUGAUGCUCUUUAUUUUUUCCAGAAUGUGAAUCUACGUUCGAGUCGUGACGCCCCUCACAGCAGCUCCAUGUCAAAUAUGGCCUUGUCCCCCUUGUCCCCGCUUAGCCCCAUGUCCAUAACUGAUGAGGUCUUCUGGGACUCAGCAGAGACACCACCUAAGGUGAGCAGUGACGGUCUCAUCAUCUGACCGGAUUUUUCCUUUUAUCCUCUUUAUUGCUGUUGAAAAGGAAAUCACAAUGGUCAUGACGGACACAGGAUGCCAGCCUGCAUCACAUGAGGUUUGCCAAUCAUGUGCUCUGGUCAUACCAAACUUAAGGAAGUGGUUUCCACAGCAGGAGUGUUUUCAUGGGGUGUAAGGUCUUAUUUUAGAGGAAGUAGGAGUGGGAAUAGCAGAUUGAAAAGCAGUUUUUCUUGAACGCAACACUGUGAACUGUGAAGUGCACCGUUCUGAAGAGCCCCUGUGUCAGUGUUACUCUCUGGUAGGGCUGUGAGGUUUGUCCUUUAUUGUAUCUUUAGUUUUUCGGCUGAGUUUUUUCUAUAAGUCAUAUCUCUCAGUAUUUUGAAACCCCUGCUGUAGCACAGCACAAAGACUCAGUUUCUGCCAUCAGUGCAUACUCUAUAUUUUUACCAAUGUUAUGAUUAUGAUUUAAAAUACAUUUUAUUCAAGGUUACAUUAAGGGAAGACUUAGGGGAUACUGCAGUUUUCAUGAAAUCUAAGAAUGACAGUAACACAAAGUAGCUCAGUACUAUAGAGCUUUGGCUCAAAAAAAACCCUUUAAUUCUCUCUUACUGUCAAAGAAAAAACAGCAAAACUACAACCACCAAGAAAAGCCAUCCACCCACCUUACCCGCUCAUGCAGACACUCCUCUGUCUCUCUCUUCCUCUGCGGACUGAUACUCAUCAUAGUGACUGAAACCCUGAAGUGGCUUUUUAACUGCUUCGCUUUGGGUGUGACUUAUACGUUAUGUCCUUACACCCACCUGAACUCAAGCACAUACUGAUAUAUGUUCACACUGAAACUGUCCAGAGGGCUGGGCUGCUUCUGCACCUGCUGAAUCUGUGAAAAUACAACAAACUCUAAUUCUUAAAGCUCGUACAGAAGUUUUAACUGCACCCCGAACUGUGUCUCCAAGCUCCUGUGCGGUCUGCACACAGUUGUAUCAACCAAGUGAUCCCUCUCUAGUCUUCUGAGGCUCAUUACUUAAAAAACUCCAACACUAUGAGAAGCUGCAUUAUAAUGUUUUAUAGCUCAGUAUGAAUGUAAGAUGGGCUAUACACAGACUUUCCACUGAUCAACACAACAGUUUCACUUGAAAACUAACCAUCUCCCUCUCUGAUCAUCUGUGUGUGUAGACAGUUUGGUUCCAUCAGCUUCAAACAGAGAGGGUAAAACAGCUUGAGGGCAAAACCAAACCAAAGUGCAUGAAGCUGCUGAACUAAAAUAUCACUUCAGAUCAUGCUCUAGUGAUCAGACUUUGAUGAUGAAGCAGAUAUUGGAUGCUUUAGAUGAUCAUGUAUGUGCCCCUGGGAGUUAGCGUCAUUUCCAGUAAGCUCCAUCUGUAAAGUGAAAUGUGUGCUGAAACAGUUGGCAGGAAACCAGAGACACACCUCGGCAUGUGUGUGCGUUCACAGGCUUGCAUGCAGGAUGUGGGCAACUUGCGAAAGGGAUGAUAGAUAUUUCCAGCGUUCGCUUCCGGCUCUGCUGGGUGUGGCUUCCUCUGAGUUACUAGGUCAUGAGAACAGGACACCGGAGGUCAAAAGGUCACCUGCUGAUUGGUGAAAUUCUGAGGAAUCAAGUUUUGAAAAAAAAAAAAAGUUGACAAGUGAGAGUUUUGCCACACUUUCAUAACUGCAGAAACCUGUAAAGCUAGCUGGGAAAUGAGACUGUGUAAAAAGGCCCCUGACCUUCAGGAGAGUGAAACAGCUUCUCUAGACUCCACAGAGACCACCACACUCCUGCAGUUACUGACCAGAGGUUUCUGUCAUUACAAUGGAUUCGGAUUUUUACCCCUUUUCUCGUGUGUCUUUCAGGUCCCUGAGCGCACUACCUCCAAGUUCUACUGUCGAGAUCUUGUGUUGGGACACAAGAGAGCAGCUUCGAGGUAGACCACAGAUACACUGUGUACACACAAACCCGCAGACAGCAGGCUCAGAGAUAUAUGUAGUUAAAGACGGCCAAUUAAUACAAUCUGUGUGUGACUGUGUGUGUCUUUUACCAUCUAGUGGCAGUCCAGAGUCUUUAGCAGAAAAAAGUGGAAGGUCUGUAACUCAUGACAUCUCCUCUACAAGCAGCAACCAUCCAGGUUAGUAAGAGAUAAACUCACCAAACUGAGCCCUGUGGUUGAGAAGGAGAACUCUGAUAUAUUGGGUGUCUGUAUAACUGCUGCAGUUUGUGUUGGUGAUUGAGAGUAGAACUGUGUUUCUUAUGAACAGUAUGAACAUAUAGUUGUAGACUGAAGUCUGGACUCUCAUAGAUACGGAAGAGGAUUAGGGCCACUGAAAAAAAAAGAAAGGUCUGAUAAUUUUUUUUUAAAUUAUUAUACUGAGAAAAAAGUCCGAAAUUAUGACUCUAAUCUCUGAAUUCUGACUUCAAACUCAGAAUAAUAAUUUUAAAAAUUAUAUUGGACCUUUUUUUUUUUUUUGCAGUGGCCCUUAUCCUCUUCCGUACAUAACUUACUAUGAACACUGUUUGUAAAUAACCUUUUUUUUUUACCUUUAACCCUAACCAGAUGUACCUGAUUUCUUCAGUACUUUUUUUUAUGUCUCUUCACCUCUUUGUAUCUUCAGUCUGUUUUUGUGUUUAAUACCAUAAAUCCUUUUUGGCAAGUUUAGCAGUUAAAAGGUAGACUUUUUCUCUAAUUCUGUUGGUUGUUGGUAUCUUGGUUAGUUGGUCUAGUUGACUAGGAGAACUCUGGUUUGCUGUUUUCUGGCUGUUUCACUGCGUCUAAUAUGAGAUUUGAUUUGUGUGUGUGUGUGUGUGUGUUUGUUCGUGUGUGUGUGUGUGUGUGUGUGUGUGUGUGUGUGUGUGUGUGUGUGUGUGUGUGUUGGUAGGUUACUCUCAGCUGGAGAGUCCUCUUCUACAACCUCGUCUACAGCUUCACAGGAGGACACAGGGGAACAUCACUAAUGUGCAAUCACAUGUAAAUGCAGAGUCUUUUCCCUUUAAGUGUUCACAGCUUUGAUACCAUGACGUGUGUGAGCAGCUAUGACGGUAACAUUAUCAUAAAAUCUGGUUCGCAGCAGAACAUGUGGACCAGAGUGUACGAGUAUUUCCGUCAUGUAGUUUUUAGUCUCAUCUCCGUCAAAUAAAACUAUGAUCUACUGUUUCUGUCAGUACUCCCUCACCUGAUUGGUCCUGAUCUCUGUCAUGCAGGGUGGUAGAUCUGCUCUGGGUCGGCUCAACAAGGCCACAGAAUACUCAUCCUCCAGUGAUGAGGUUGGCAGCAGUGAUGAAGAGGACAAUAAGAGGUGAAAAUACCUUUCCUGACUUUGGUUCAGUUUUUUUUUUUUUUUAACAUCUAGAAAACUUCACUUUGGUCCAGUUUUCAAACAUGGUGGUGAAAUGUGUUCAAAGAUUUACCUGUGAUGAAGCCCCGAUAAAAAAAAUAAAAAAAAAAAACAGAGAAAUGACGUCUGACUCUGAAUGUUUAUGGAGUUAUUCAUGAUUGCCAUCAAUGAGAUACUGUGAUUUAAAAAUCUAAACACACAGGAUUAAAAGUCAUAUAUUUUGAAUUCUUGAUCUGAUAUUUCAUCUGUACUUUUAAAAACAAGUCAUCUCAUUGAUCACUCUCACUAACAUGUCUUUAGUAAAGUACUGUUGUGUCUGUGUGUAAUCAGGUUUGAUCCUUCUCCUUUGUGUUCCUCUUCUGGUCUAACUUAUGUCCCAAAAAGCUCAUCAGCUUUAUUUUCCCUUUGAAGAGUGAAGCAUGUCUGUUUCUCUAUGUUUGAUUCAGUCAGAGCCUCAUCUAAAAUCUUCACCUGUCUGUGUGUUUGAAGGUCUGGCUUGUCCAAUGGGAAGGGGAAAUUCAUUAGUGGAAUACCUGAUGGCAUCGUCCUUCAGCCUCACCAGAAUCUCAACCAGGUGCCCUGAAUCUGCUGCCUCUCUGCUGCCAUGCUUGGCCAGAUUUAGUUUUGCAGUUCCGUAUUAGAAAGUCGGAGGUGUUUGUGUCCAAGGGGUUUGCUGUUGGGAACAGUGAUAAACUCCAGGUUAUCUCUUUUCUUCUUACCGGUGCUUGUGCUUGUCUUGUCAGAUUUCUCGGGUAGGUUCAGAUGACACUUACCUGCUCCCAGACCUCCUCCAGAAGACAUCCUCCUCCAGUCCUACCCAUAAUUCACUGGGCCAAAGGCAAACACACGAUCUCAACUACUCGCUCUCACCUACAGCCCCUCGAUGCAACACUCACCAGGAGCUUUACGUGAGUUUUUAGAAAAAAUACAAAUAUUUCUGUUGACAAUUUAAAAACAUUUAAAAUGAUCUGUUUGUUGCUUUGACUGGUUCGAGGACUCUGUGAAGUUUAAAUAGUCUCUAAGCCUUUAAGGGAAGAGCUGGGUCUUAAAAAGUCUUAAAAUGUCUAAAAUCCAAUAAUUUGAAUUUAAGGCCUUUAAAUGUCUAAAAUUCUCUUAAAACCUCAUAAAAUGCCCUAAAUACACAUUUGAAAGGUCUUACAAAUGUAUUGGUGUUACUUACAAAUAAAGAUUGAAUUGAAGUUAGUUUCAAAUGUUCUGAUUUCCUUUCAUGUCUUUUGUACUUUUUUGCCAGUAUGGAUGUAAAAUGGAUCUUAAAUUGUUUUCAUUAUGGUCUUAAAAAGUUUUAAAUUUGACUUGUUGAAACCUGUAGAAACCUUGUAUACUACAUGUUUCAAUUUGCAUUAAAUUUCUCAACCACCAGAUGGAAGUGGUGGCGAAUUUAGAGUUAGACAUGUAUCAGCUAAGAUAUAGCUGGUCUCAGUAGACCUGGAUAUGUGGCGCCUUUUUUCAUUGGACUUGGAUUUCCCUACUGGAAACCAUGAACAGCAAACUUCCCCCUUAAGCUGCGACUGUCGACCAUAAAACCUUAAGCCUGUCGGAGAAACAUUAACAAUAAUGUGUCUGGAUGACCUAAAAGUAUUGGAUAUGUACACAGAGUCUGUUACUACAACAUUAGCAUUAUUAGCACUAUAUUGAUCUGCGGUUAAAAUCAAUCUGGGCCUCGACUCUUGCCGAUACACCUAAUGUUGUUCUGCAUGGGAGUGUGGAUGCUUUUCUUUGGUUUGAUUUCUUCAUCUGGACAUGCUGCUCCUAGCUAGCUCACUUCAGGAAAUAAACUCUGGAAUGUGAAAUGUGUGUCUGACCAUCACGAAUCGACUGCACUAUAGACUAGUCAGGACUCUCCUGGUCCAUACUCCAGCUGCAUGGUGCAGCUCUAAGCAGGAGGUAGAGAUCCAGUUACCUACUGUCAGCGUGGAUCAGAAGUUGGAUCAUACUGCACACUGCACACUACUUCUUGGUGCAGUGGUUUCCCUCUCUCUGUGUAUAUGGUUUUAAUGGCUUCUUUUUGUUGACUAAUCUGUUUCUUUAUUGUUCUCCUGGCUGUUUCAUUUUCACUCAGCUUUUUAUUAAGUUUAAUUUUUUAUUAUUAAAUUUAUUCUAUGUGAAGAAUAUCUGAGUGUGUAUGUUACCAUGACCCCAUCUUUAAGGUGUGUCUCACCUAAUAGCACCUGCAGACAGUGUCAGAGGAAUUAUCAUUACAUCUGAAAAAGUUUCAUCUUUGUAGUAAACUUACCAAACUUACCAAUGCUGAUUUUCAGUGACGAGGAAGAAAGAGAGUGUACUUUGGAUUUGAAGUUCCUGUUGUUUCAUGCUGUUGUUUCAGGCUGUCAGCAAUCCAGCUGGUAAAAACACCUCCUCCUCAUCUUCCUUCCUGUCCUUCAUUGAUCCAAGACUGAUCCCCAUAUCCUCACCACCACAGAGUCCCAGUGAGUCACUUUACACUCUGACUAUCUCCACACACACACACACACACACAGACACGCACACACACUGGAAAUAUCACCCAUACUGUACAGCUCUACUGUUCUAUGUCUGAAGGUAAACAAACACACCUCCUGGUUUGAUGCAGAUUUCCACUUUGUUUGAACUUUGAUGAAUUGGUUAAUGUGAUGGAGGGUCAUGAGGUUUACUCUGUGACAGUCAGACACUGGUUCCUUUUUAAUGAAGCUUUACAAACACUUUCCACAGGCAGCAAAGAUGAACCUGUCAAAAGAGAGAACCACAGAAAGGGCUCAGUGGUGAAUGUGAACCCUACAAACAUUCGACCACAGAGUGACACUCCUGAGAUCCGCAAGUACAAGAAGAAGUUCAACACUGAGGUCCUCUGUGCUGGACUGUGGGGUUUGUACUUUUUAAUAUUCUCUCUUAAAGAAGUAAAGAUGGUGUUGGAGAAAAUAGUGGUCAUGAGAUCUGCUGUUGUUUUAAACGAUGAUGUGGUUCAUAUAUGUGGCAGGAUAAGAAGCUACAGUUGCUCUGUCUGGUUUGAUAGGGGUGAAUCUUUUGGUGGGAACUGAGAACGGCUUGUGGCUUCUGGAUCGAAGUGGUCAAGGCAAAGUCUACUCCCUCAUCAGCAGGCGGAGGUUCCAGCAGAUGGAUGUGUUGGAAGGACUCAAUGUCCUGAUCACUAUAUCAGGUACACACUAAAAUCCUGCUAAAUCAAUUAAACGCCCAUCUAUCGGAUGAUGAUGGGUUUGAAGAAGUUUAAUCUGGAUUUCAUAGCACAGAAACAGAUCUUCUUCACAUCACUCCAAUCUGAGCAUCUCCCUACUGUUUUUAGGACUGAUUUAAAGAUUAAAAAGGGACUCGCUCUUCUCUUCAUCUCUGAGCUUGUAUCCCUUUUGAUCUGUAGUAUGAGAUCCUCUAGUCAGGAACAUCACCUCAGACCCCUUUUCACAGAGAAGCUUUUAUCUUGUGGUUUUUGAUCUAUUACGAGGACUGUGCCUUGAACUACAUACAGCAUGUUGACUCCCCUUACACAGGAAACCUCAGAUUGGCUGCAUUAAAACAGUAUUUGACAUGAUUCUGAUUAUCUGAAGUAAACUUGUAAACCGGUUCUUAGUGUUCUCCAGUCCAGUAACAUUUACAUACUUUUAUUUAAACACUCUCCACCUUCACCUUGCUCUUUAUCUAUCUACUCCAGGUAAAAAGAACAAGCUCCGUCUGUAUUAUCUGUCUUGGUUGAGGAAUAAGAUCCUACACAACGAACCAGAGGUGGAGAAGAGACAGGGCUGGAGCUCUGUAGGUGACCUAGAGGGCUGUGUGCACUACAAAGUGGGUUAGUACACAAUCUCCAGAAGCAGUGUCACUGUUCUUUUUUCUACAUCAAGAGGAAGAUAACAGCUGUAGUUUGAGCAGAGGUUUCUGAGUGCAGGAGCAGAGUAGGAACUGAAUAACUUGUGUUUCUCCGUCCUGUUUUUGCAGUGCGCUAUGAGAAGAUCAAGUUCUUGGUGAUUGCUUUGAAGAGCGCCGUAGAGGUGUAUGCAUGGGCCCCAAAACCAUACCACAAAUUCAUGGCAUUCAAGGUCAGCAACAUUCAUACCUUCAUAUAUAUACUUUACUGUUUUGUUAGUCAGAAAAACAACAUUUAAAGUAAAAAGGCUAGAGCAAUAAAGAGUUCCUUGGCUCUUCCAUGAGGUGGAGGUCUGAAAUCACCUCCACAUCAAUGUAGUACAUAAACAGUAAUCAUGUGGGUGAUGGUCUCUGUGCUUUAGUAGGUCAUAAAGAAGAGUCAGUGUUAAUGUCAGACUGUUUUAGUUUAAACUAAAUAUAUAUAAAAGUAGGAAAAUAAUCAAACUGCGAUUUAUUUUCCUCAAUAUUGUGAUUGCAUUUAAUAUGCAGUUAUUUUUUCAAGGUUCUCUUCUAAUGUAUUUUUCAACAAACACAAACAAUAAAUCAAUCCAUAUUAUAGAAAACGAUAUCAGAUUUGUUAAACAUAAGUUGUUAAUUCUGGCAAUUAUCAUUUUAAACAAACACACACAGGCUCUCUCUGCUCGCACACUUUCGCACACACACAUGCACACGCCCCCAUAUACGUCAUGAUACUAAUCUACAUACCGAUGGAGAGAUGUAAAUCAGUGUCCAAAACACAGGCGUCUAUUCAUUCAACUGUGCUGCCAUCACUGUAUUGGAUGCUUUUUGCAUCGUUAUGCAGACGUGGUUUAAAGUUAAAGCGCUGGUCACUGGUGUUUUAGCCAUUUAACUAUCGUACAUGGUUUUGUUUUAAGUGUUGGUAAAGGUUCGUAGUGCUACCUCCUGAUAUAGCAACAGUAGCACAACAGGUUCUGCACAUGUUGUGCAGCAGCAUCUUUUUUUGCCAAAAUAAAUCCACACAACUGCUGUGCUGCCUCUUUUUGGUACUAAACGUAUCGCAGUGUCAGCUUUUGUAGUGGAAUUAGGCCAUAGUGCGACAGAGUGCAGUGUUGACUUCUCUCUCUACCUGCUCUGCUUUGCUCCGCUCGCUCGCAAGUCACGUGACCAGUCAAAAUCGCAGCCUUUGCGGUUCAAAAAUCGUGUUUUAUCAUAUUGCCAUGUAAUCGCAAAUGUAAUUAAUUGUUCAGCCCUAUUUAGAAGGGUCUCAGUUGUAAAAAAAAAAAAAAAUGCACUAACACCAAUGUUUGAAAAAGUGCAUUUCCAGUUUGAGGCUCUUGCUGCUGUGGAAACCUUUGGUGAAGUUUCCCUCCUGCUUUAACACAUCUUUGCACAUGAGGAAGAACAUGCAGGGAAGCAGACUGAAAAACCCAACAGGGUCACCUCUAAAGGAAGACUCCUGCACAUGCUCAGAGUCAGUCAUGACACAUCCAGGCUAUGAGAGUCCUGCACACAGGUCCCUUGUAGGCUUGUGUCCCAUUUUUUUCCUCCUCUGUGGCCUGAGCUACUUUUUCCUCCUCACUCCACCGUUGCUCCGACCCUUCAAUAGUUGCCUCUCUUCACAGAAAAGAAAAAAAAUGGACCAUCUGGAUGAAAGAUGUCUUUCUUCAGAUGCUACAAUCUGCCAAAGGAAGUUACUAACUGACGAUCAGUCUGAGAAGCAGAAUUUAACAUGACGUGUUCAGACUUCACCAUCUGAGGUGUCUGUGUGUGUGUGUGUGUGUGUGUUUGUCUGUGUAUGAAUGUAUUUGUCCUUAUCAACCUGUCUAUGUAGUCAUUCAGGUCCCUGCCUCAAAAACCCCUUCUGGUGGACCUGACAGUGGAAGAAGGUCAGAGGUUGAAGGUCAUCUACGGCUCACUGUCCGGUUUCCACGCCAUUGACGUUGACUCUGGCACUCCAUAUGAUCUGUACCUGCCGACACAUGUAAGAGCCUGUUUCAUUUCUUAUUGUGUCAUAGAUCUGCUUGUUUGUCUUGUCAGUCUAAAAGGGUCUUAAUGUGACUUAUAUCAGGUUGAUACAUGAAAGAAAGUCUUCAGAGCAGUCUGUGAGCUCCAGAACGCAACAAGAAAAACUGUCUGUGCAACUGAAAAUACAAACGUUUUCACCCUCUAACAAUGAAAGUGCAGGACACUGUCUGUGGAACAGAAUAUCAGUGAUUACUUUUAAUGUACUGUAAACUUAGAGGGGACUUCUGAUCCAGCACAUUGCUGGUGAGUGAAGUACAAACUACAGCAGGGCACAGUCACUGCAAACUCAGACUGGAUGUUAUGUUGUACCUAUUCUUACUUCUCCACACUGAGGAACAGGUAAUAUUGAGCAAACACAUUAGUGAAGAUAUUUUGGACCUCUCUGAGGUGGAACAGUCCGGGUAUUCAUGCUGGAUCUCUCUACUCCUCAUGCUAUCAGCAGCUGUUAUCUUUCUGUUGAACCAUUUUUAUGUAACUCCGGCAGAUCUCUGAUGAUGCACUCUCCCUCCCUCUCCACCCCCACAGCCUCUUACUCACUGUCUUGCAGGUCUAAGUCAUUUCUCAGCUUCAUUCCUCUUGUUUCUCUCUUUCUCUACCCCUAUUUCAUCUCCAUACACUAAGGUUAUUACCAUUAGCUUGGCCUUUUCCAUCCCUGUCUUUUGUCCUUCUCACUCACUCUCAGUCAGACAGUAUGACAUGUUAAUUUGCUUUUUCCAUCUCUCUAUAGUCCUUCAUCUGUCUCUAUGUCUUUCCUCCUCUCUUAAUUGUUGUUUUCUAUUUAGCCUGUAAGCAGGUAGAGCUGAUGCUGACUGUUGUGAUUCAUGCUGGUCUGUUCUGGUCCUUAAAGCAAGAGUCAUGAAGGUGCUUGAUGGCUUCAUAGUGCACAUGGACAACAGUCAGUAUCACUAUUCUCACCUUCAGUCAAUUAAAGGCGCAGCAAACACACCAGUAUAGGCCUGGGCGAUUUGGCAAAAAAAAUGAUCACAAUAUAUUUUGUCAUAUCAUCCGAUCCUGAUUAUUAUCACUUUUUUUUAAAAACUGCAAUUUUAAAGCAUCUGUACUAAAAACUAAAAAAAACUAGAGAUUAGUUCAACAUUUUAUUAACAUACAAAGUAAAUAUGAAAGAGUAAAUAUGAAAAAUUUUCAAAGAAAAUUGAAUAAGAUAAACUUAGAAAAAAUAUAAAAACCAUUUUAACUCAACAGCACAACAAAUGUAAUACAGUGAAUUAGUUUACAGUACUGAGUGUUUUUACAGGUAUGCAAGACCCAAAAUAAACAAAUUGCCCCUUCAAGGGAUAAUGAAGACACCUUAAAAUAUAAACAUUAGAUGAUGUAAACGUAAAUGAUACCAUUAGUGCUUUGGUCUAAUGGCUGCACUGCUGGUUGUGACUAAACUGCUAAUGCUACUCGUGCCGUCAGCAGUGGCAGGCUGUGCAGACUCCGCUCCAUUUUCAUGCUUUCCACAUAAUCACGCAGGAAGAACUUCAAAUGAUUAAACAGAUCUGUUGUGUUGCCAGUUCUUGAGGGCACCGACUGCCAACAUACCUUGCACAUCGGCUUCAUUGCUAGACGUCAGUUUGGAGAUACCCGAACCACCACCGCACAAUCGACGUUGAAUAACUUUUCUUCUCAACAAUGACAUCAUUAAAGGAUGACUCAAAGUCAUGGCUGACAUCUAUUUUGCCGCCUCAGCUCUGCGUUUAGCUCCAUGUUUGGUCAUUCUGUUUACUUCUCCAGCAACUUACAGAAGUGAACAGGAAAAGCUCGACUCUGAUUGGCGCACAUUUCCUCUAUGUUUGAUUGAGUAAAUAUGCUCACAGCGAUCACCAUGAUCGAACUGAAAUUUAGCACGAUUAAUCACGAUCAUAUAAUCGCCCAGCAUACACUUCUGUGGCUGAAUAUAAGAAGUAUAACCCAUUAGGAUCAGGGCCGAGUUUGUAGAUCCUGAAUGUGAAAAGCAGCUUUCCCUGAGUUAUAAUGACUUGUAAAGGUUGGUUUAAAAAAGGCUUGUGCAAAUGAAUGUGCCACUUUAACAGUGAUCCAAACACCCACUGCUGAUAGAGUUAAAGAUAAAGUAGUUCAUUUUCCUCUCGUCCUCUCCAUGUGGGCACAUAAGGCUCACUGCAGUCUCUGGUGAGUCAUGCUCAUAUUCAGAUGUAGAAAUAUCCUGUUAGAAAUGUUUAAACAAUAAGAAGUGGGGGGGUUAGAUGUCCCAAAUAUUAACCCUUGAUACUCCUCUGUUUUAGGAGAGAAGUAGGUUCAUCAAUAAGGUCUGCUCCUUUCUCUAUGUUGACUUUUAUGAUCUCCACACCUGUCUCUCUGAUAUCCAGAUGCUCUCACCUGAACUAGUCUGGCCUCUUUAGUGUGUGUAUUUGCCGUCAUACUGGCAGAAUGGGUCCAUCCAAAACUAAAGGAGGGGACAAACAUGUAAAGGAGGAAAAAGCUCUAAAAAUACGCCCCUGCUGUCCUCCUUCUGCAGUGAUCAUUAUCUCUGUGUGUCCUGACCUGCUUUCAGCCUCAGCCGAGUUUUCUUCCCUCACUGUUCCUGCCGUAUAUGAAGCGAGCGAGCGCUGAGCUGCCUCCUACACUCGUGCCUUACACUGCUGCUGCUACAACAUCAUCAUCAUCAACCUCUCUGGUCCAGCUGCGCCUGUAUUUUUCUGCUUUCACAUCUUUCGUCUUCUUUCUCACACACUCACAGCUACUCAGCCCUCCGAGCCCACACACCCUCACUCGGACACCUGUUUAGUUUGCUGUAUUGGACCACUUUGCGGACACUUUAUAAACCGGGACGGUCUUGGAAACUGUUAAUCUGGACUCUGACAGCACUCGAACAUCACACAGUCACUUUCAAACACAAUGCAUCCCUCUCCUCCGUAGAAACUCAUAACAAACACACAAGCUUCUUCCAUGUUUACCUGCAAACUGUGUAAAAUGCUGAUUCCAAGGCAGAGGAUUAAGAUUGCUUUGCGCCUGUGGAUGCCUGUGCUGAUGCUCCGGAUCGUGGUGGCUCAGACUCUGGUAAUGUAUGAAACACACUUGUGGAGGACAUCAGUCCCUCUUUUUGGUAGAGUAGAAGAAGGAAAUGUUUGACUCUGGUAUUUUCUGCAUUGAUCUUUAUUUAUCUGGAUGUUCGCUUUGUAAAAUGAAUCAUACAUGAACAUGUCUCAGCUGAUGUGUUUAAACAGUUUCAGCCUGUCAUUGAGCUGCUCAGACAUGUAACUGAACUAAUCUGGGUGUGAUUGAAAUGAUGGGCAUGAGUUAAGGACCGUCUUUGGUUUAAAAUCAGACAUCAAGUUUUAGCCUCUUGUUUUCCAGCAGUAUCUCUUUGUGGCUGAGCAACAAUCAGUGUGUCUUUACUCUGGAUUCGCAAACAAAUCACCAAAAAAACAGCCUUAACUUCUCAGAAAAACUCCAGAGUGAAUAUUUUAUAACUCUGUAGAGAUUAUCAACAGUUCUUUUCACCUUCAUGAGUGUCUACAAGCCCUUUUAAAGUUUCACUGUGUGAUAAUAGAAGUUUAGCAGCAUCUAGCUCUCAGUUUCUGUAUUUAAAUGCUCCCUUACUCACCCCUCCUGCCAGUGGAGCGAUGGUUUUUAUUGAGGUCAAAUAGCUCCUGUGAUGUAUGAGAGGUGUCAACACACUUUCUUCCAUCUACAAGAAACGCUCUUCUUCUUUAUCAUCUUCUUCUUGGUGAAGGGACAACUUUCUUUUUCCUUGCGCGCUACUGCGUGAUAGUUUGGGAUUGUGUUUUCUGUGUGUUUCAUCCUUUCCUCGUGGUGAGGAUCGAGUCUCCUGAGAUGCUGCUGGUUCUCUGAGACUUGGAGUGAGGCUAGUGCCGCCAUAUCGCUCCACAGUGGAGCAGGUGCUGCUGGCUGUAUGCCUCCUACAUGACCAAAGCGGUGAUGGUUGUUUUCAUGAAGAGUUAGUUGAAGUCUGCCUGUGAUAGUUUCAUCGUGUCAGGAGUUCUCCAUUCAUUCCUAAUGUAGCUGAAGCAGGAGCUGCGGCGUUUCAAUAAGGUAGUUUUUGCACAGUGGGUCUGGGCUGCAAGGAUGAAAAGUUCAAGCAUGUUCAGUCUCUAUGGAGAGAGUUUUUAUGUUUCUUGACUCUCCAAAUUAGAAAGCUAAAGAAACUUUAGUCCCAGCUUACUUAACCUUAGAGACACAGAUGCAUCGACCAGCUUCCACUUCAGUCUGGAAAGAAUUGUGGCCCAGAAAUACAUGCUGUGUCUCCGUCUGAUGAGAGGGUGACAUGUGAACCAGUUGAGAUAAGUGAUGUUCUGAUAGUCAAUAACCCAGUUGCUGCAUCUUUGUGGCUCUUACUCCAAGUGCUUGUUCCUCUACCAAGCCUCAUGGAAUCGACUCCUCUUGGGUCACUGUAGAAACCUGUUUCAUUGAGGCUGGUUUUGGUGAAGCUGGACCACCUUACAGAAAUGUCAGUUUAGAGGCUGGCUGUAGUGUUGGGCAUGAGGUCAACCAGAGUGCUGCAGAGUCUGGUAGAUGAAGGGUGGUUUUUGCUCAGUUCCAAGUUUUGGCCAACUAAUGGAGUGAGAAUAUGUUCUCCCUUACUUGAGAGUGGAUUCUACUGUGGGGAAAUGGAGAAUGGCUUUUAUCUUUGAAGGGGACUUUCAGCUCUUGCAGUUGUCCAGCUGAAAAAAAGUGCUGAACCUUCACUCUCUCAAGGUAGUCCAAAUGGACAGAGGUGUUUGGCACAAACUUGCCCCAUAAAGGCAGGUCCUAUAUGAACCUCCUGUUGAGAAGCAGCUGGCUGAUAUCCAGUGGAGGAUUAAAGGUGGGGUAGGCAGGAUCUGAGGAAGUGCAAGUUUUUGGGAGAAAUCUUCAAUGGAAACACGACUCCAGCAACACCCACCCACAAACAGACGCUCCUGCUCACUCGUAUCGUUUCAGUUAAAUUUAGAUAUAAUGCAGAUAAAUACUUCAGAUGAUUACAAAUGGGGCCAAGUCAACAUGAAAGUAAACAGCAUUGGUGCUACUGUAGAUGCCAACAGACUAACAGCAAACACAAUGUUUGCAGGACUUCUACAACUAGCAUAAAGUGACAUAGUCCAGGACCCGAGGUAAACAGUUUAGCGGCGCUACAACACACAGCAGGUCCGUUUAACAAGAAACACUUCUGUUACAGACACUUGGCUUACUUUGUUAAAGCGGGUUACCUGUCCAGCAGAAAGGUUACAGGGUCCGUAAGAUCCCGAAGCGUCCCAAUCGUUGAUGCUGAUGUUGACCUGGCUUCUUAGCUCUUGUCUGAGUGGUCUACCUGCAUUUUAAGCGCCGUUAUUCCGCCCGAGUUUAUGGUAUUUACUUUGUUUUCUUGCUUGUGUUUUCCGUACUUUCUGGUUGGUUUCUACUGUCCGAUGUUGUUGCACACUAACUUUGUUUGGGCUCGUGAACAUUAUUGGAGGACGUGGAGCUGGUCUCACAACAUGAGGGAGCAGCGUCUUCCCCACAACUAAUCAGGUUGGGGGAGGUGAAGAACGGCUUUGUUUACAGUCAGAAAGAGCGGGCCGCUCAAAAUUUUUAAAAUGUUGACUACACAGACAUAAUAAAACACAGUGACAUUGUUAUAUUCCCAAAUAUCAUCAAUAACUAAUAGCUAUUGACUUAUAUUUAAAACCUUUUUGUAUAUACACCACAAAAAAAGAUACUUCUUUAACUGGUUCCUGCAUACUCCACCUAUAAAUGAAGCUCCAAACAGAAACAGAGCUUUCUUAAAUCUGUGCACUGAGCAGGGCUGUCAGCUAGAUUAUUUAGUACUGUUCCAUCCCCGACUGGCUGGUCUUUCCAAGGUGCUGCAGGAAUGGGUUGGUAGGGUGCAAGUGGAGGUUUUUUUUCUGUACCCUUGUUUUUCUCGAAUGAUAGUAGUUAUAGUCAUGUAUGGAUCAUUGAGGGGAAGUCUGUGAGCGGAGAGAUCACAUAUUGAUCAAUGAAAGCAGGAUGGAGACUUUCAAAGACAUGAGAUUUAAAUCAAGUGAAUGAGAAGAACUUUUUUAGCAAUGGUGAUAUCUAUCUGAGUACGAAUGUCACAUUUGUGGGAGGAAGAUUCAAGAUUGAGAAGAUGAAGUUAAUAUAUUUAACAGGGUGAUACUCUGUCUCCACUUACCCUCUGCCUCAUAUCAGCAGUAGAUUAUUAUAGAUCAUUAUAAUUGUUUUUAAACAAACCAAAUACAAAAAGACUUCAGCACCCACAACAACAUGGAGUCCUUGUAAUAGAGAUGAAUGACAGCACUGAUAAAUGCUGAAGCGUGUUCAUUUCUUCAAGCAGCUGUCAUCUUUAUCUCUAAAGGAUCCUGUUUCAUUGUGUGUGAGUACCUUGAGUCAGUAUUCGGUGACUUUAAGAGUCAGCUCUUUGACUUGUGUAGGAACCAACACCCAACAUCUGGACCUGUAAAUCACUGAACAGUUUCUAAAUCACAGCAGUGAGGGCUUCUCAGUCAGUCAGUAAAUGAGUGUGUUUCUGUUUCACAGAUCCAAGGCUCUAUUCAUCCCCACGCCGUUAUCAUUCUGCCAAACAGCGCUGGAACAGAGGUUUUGGUUUGCUAUGAAGAUGAGGGUGUCUAUAUUGACACCUAUGGCCGUAUCACCAAGGACACCGUGCUGCAGUGGGGGGAAAUGCCUGCAUCAGUCGGUAAGUAUUGACCUCUAAAGAUGAUGGAACUUGAGGAGAAAAGUGUAAUUGUUCAAGUUGACCUGACUUGAAUGUUGCCAGACUGAAGUGAACAUGGGUAUUUACUCAUGGAUACCUCAGUUCUUCAGACUAUUGUUUUCUAUAUUCACUGUCUGUGUUAUUUACAUCUAUCUCUCUUUCUCUGUGUUCCCCUGUGAAGCCUACCUUCAGUCUAACCAGGUGAUGGGAUGGGGAGAGAAGGCCAUCGAGCUGAGAUCAGCCAACACUGGGAACCUGGAGGGAGUCUUUAUGCAUAAGAAGGCCCAGAAACUCAAGUUCUUGUGUGAAAGAAAUGACAAGGUGAAUAGACAUUUUACGGAAACACAACGUUGAAACAAAACAUGCCAAAUAUUUCUUGGGCAAGACAAUUGACCUCACCUGCCCCCCUGCUGGCUGCAUCCAGUGGUGUUUGAAUGGGAUUAGUCAAAACUGAUUGACUCUGUAUAUCGUCACCCUAUUAAAAUAAUGGCUGAAGUCAUUUUUUGACAAAAAUGAGUUUUUUGGCCUAAAUCAUGAGAUGAUUUACACAUUUUUGUCAAAAAAUGACUUAGGCCAUUAUUUUAAUAAGGUGACGAUAUAUUAGCCAUCAUCUGUGAAUGAAUGUGGUGUGAAUGGGUGAAUGAGACUUAAAAUCAUAAAAAGCUUUGAGAGGUCUGAAGAAACUAGGGAAAGCUCUCCAAUAUAGUCUUUUACCCUUAAACAUCAUGCAGUAUAGAAUAAGUGAAAUAGAUGCCCAUAUUUGCCCAUAGAUUCCCAGUCUGUCCGUUGUGUCCUUGGGCAAAACACUUAACCCACCUUGCUCCCAGUGUGUGUCCUCCACUGGUGUGUGAUUGUGAGUGAUGUUUGGUGGUGGUUGGAGAGGCUGUAGGUGCAAACUAACAGCCAUGUUUCUGUCAGUCUGCCCCAGGGCAGCUGUGACGACUGAGGUAGUUUACCACCACCAAGGUGUGACUGUGUGAGCGAAUGAAUGAAUGAUGGAUCCGAUGUAAAGCGCUUUGAGGGUCUCUGAUAAACCGCUAUAUGAAAUCUGAUGCAUUAUACUUUUAUUAUCAUAUAUCAUAAUCACAAAAUAAAGAAAAUGACAUGUUUGCAUUACUAUACUGUAUGGAUUGAUCCUGCACCAUUAUCAUGAGUUACUCCUUGGUGCAUCUCUCUGUGAUUGCAGGUCUUCUUCGCCUCGGUGCAGUCAGGAGGCAGCAGUCAGAUUUACUUCAUGACUCUGGGUCAGAACUCACUUUUCAACUGGUAACCAGACAUGUCAGUCUUGGAUCAGCUGUUCAUGUCUGCCAACAUGUGUGUGUGUUCACCUGGUGAAGCCUUUUUAUAGACGUGCUGACUGAUGUUCCCAUAGCGAAUGGCACACAACGUACAAAGAUCAACUGACAACAUACAGGGAUCAACUCCAGACUGCACCUUUAUUCAUGUUUGAUUUCAUAUUCCUGCACAUGGAUCAGUGGUUUGCAUAGAUACUAAAAAAGGGAGUUGGAGUCCUUCAGCUAGACCUGAUGAAAGCCUGAAUAAAGCCAGUAAGGGCUUUAGCUCAGUGGAUAUGUUGAAGGCACAACUCUCAGUGUCAGCACAUGUGCUUCUCACUUGCUAUGAAGGAACUGUCUCAUGUGGGAACGCCAGAGCUUCCUGUCCGGCAGUGAACCAUUACUGCACCAUCUUUACAAAGAUCUGGACCUGGUGUAUCCACAUCACCAGUGUGGAACAUCUGCUCUCCACUGCUCCUCAUGUGUGUGAAUGGCAGUGGCUUCCAUUUUUCUCCGGAGGAUCUGGGAUCACUUUAUUCCAUACCAAAUAAUGAUGUGCUCAGCUAACCACCCACUAGCUCAUACAUUCACACUGCCUGCCUGUGUUUCUCUGGAUCAUCUGCUCCAUUUUUUGGGAGGGUGAAACAAUGAGAAUGUAUUUCUCAAAGCACGGGCCAGAGGAGUGAAAGUCUUAGAUUAUCCAUCAGAAGUUCCACCAGUCAUGGACAUCCUUGGAAGUACAUGUGCUGUAUACAUCCCAGAGUUCAUAUGUGUUUCUGUUUUCCUGAAUGAUUGUCUUGAAUCAUUUCCUCAGUACCUCAGAAGUGUUAUUUAUGAAGGACCCCAACAAAGUGGGUGCUGCCUCAUCUGUAGUUUGUUUCUUUGUAGCAUAACAGCAUCAUACACACUCUAACCAGGAGGUUCACGGAAACGUAGAUCAGGACAGUACACAUCCAAAAUCACCAUCCAUCCAGUCAGUCAAUAGUGUUUAAGAGUAUCAGAACUUUAUAUAGAGUCAUUUAACCUUUAAAGUCAUGAAAUAAUAGUGAUGAUUAAACUGUAAAUAUAGUUAAAAUAUAAGGAUAAGGAUAUAAGGAUAAGAGCACCUAUGCUCCUUGUUCACAUCACCUGCCAGUUAAGGACUGAUCUCUUAUUGGUAAACUCAGUGAAGUGAGUUGAAAUGUUAAAUUAAAUAAAUCUCUGAGAGUCCAUACUGAGCCGUCAUCAGACCUGAAGGUUAUAGGACAACAAAAUAAGAAAUAAAGAACGAUUCAAUAGAAUCAUCAGAGAUCUGUCGAGUCCUUUUAUUCAAAAUCCUCAAAGAUAAGUCUCAAACCCCCGAAACAAACUUGAGUAAAGUUAACAUUGGCUUUGAUUAAUCUAGUCUAAUUUUGUUUUUCAGAAAUUUACUAUCAAGAGAAAGAAGCAAUUUUCCCUAAAACUGACCCUCUUCCAAACCAGGUUUCAGAGGGGUGAAAAAUGCUGAUCAGACCAUCACAUCAACUCAGGGCUGAAACAACUCCUCUAGGAAUAAUGUGUCUCUUUAAAUCAUAUAAUAGUUUUCUGGUGUUCAAAUAGCCAAAAGCAUCUAUACUUGCAUCAUAUAGCAGUAGUUUUAUUUAGGGAUUUUAAAGCGUUUGAAGUGUCACUGCUAAUGCGGUUUGGUUUGUGUCCUGUGUAGCUCUUCUUUUAAAUGUCGGGCUGUUCAAAUCUGUGACAAAUGUUGUUUAAUAUGAAGAAAUACCAGAGUUAGCUUUAGUUGUUAUUGCAGACUUAUAGCAGCUGGUUCUGUGAAAAAAAAACUUCAAACUGGAAAAUGAACUUUCUUAUCUUAGCCAUUAAAUGUUCUGAGAGUAUUUGAGUGUGAGCAAAUCAGGCGACAUCUCCAAGUCCCGGAAGGGUCCACUGUGGUUCAGUACACGGCUUAGUUUAACAUAUGUUCCCCGGGUCACAUACAACAAAAGCACAUCUGGGAAUAACCGACCUGUGAGAGGUCUCUGAACUUGGUUCUGUUAACACAGUCCUGUUCAAAACAUAGGUACACAUGCCUACAGCAGGUUUUUCCUUAUUCACAGGUUUUUCUGUUGUGUAAAGUUUCAGCCCUCAGACCGAAACUAGACUGGUCAAAACCAAAAAAGCAAGUCAGUAUUCCAAAUGUAUUUUUCAUGUCUGUCACAAGUGUUUAGUUCAUGUAUCUCCACUGAAGAAUACUGACAUAGAUUUAUUUAGAUUUACUAUGUUUUUGAGUUUUUUUUCUUGAUGAAGUAUGUGAGUUUUAAAAUGGUAACAAGUGGAGUCAGCAAAGUAGCAACAGGUUUCACUUUAUUCCCGAGAGAGAUCCUGGCUAUUUAAGGGUCGACUGUAGAGGAGACCAGAACAGCUCUGUAUUUCCUUGUCUGUGGUCUCUGUGUUAUGUUUGAAGUUCAUCACUGACAUGGUGUUUAUGAGCACAUGUCAGUGUACUGGGCCACUGGACCGCUUUCAUUUUGGUUGACGUCCUGCAGUGAAAACCAGAUAAGGAUGCUGUCAUGGUUUCAUUUCCUGCCCCUGUCCUAUAAAGCAAUAACCCCGAUAUAUUGUCCUGGAGCAUUAGUAUCACUCUGAUUUUGUCCAUGGGUUUGGACUUUGUCUCGUGUAUUGAAGGAGUCCCAAAAUGGGUAUUGAAUGAAAGUUGGCCUCUUCUUGGUUCUUGGUCGUAACUACAAACAGAUUGUCAUUUAGUUUGAACUUGCCGCCGCUAUAGUCACCUGUUAUUUUAAAUAAUCCACCUCAUACAUCCCGUUCAUAUCAUUUGUUUUGCUUUGGGUUUUUUUUCCUGCAUCCUGGUAUAGGACAAGACAGAGACCAGUUCUGUUUAAAGCUAACCAGGCUAGUGUUACACCCAAUGGUGUGUUAAAGAUCUAGGUGAGUUUGUCUGUUAUUUAGAGUUUGUUGUUAGAUACAGAGAAAGGGAGCUCAGUGCACCUCCACCAGGUGAAAAGAGAAGAAAUCCCUUUUCCACAGCAGCAGUGACUCACAUCCAAAUCUGUUUCACUUUGUCACCCUGUCUCUGCUGCCUUCUAACUGCCUUCUUCCAUGCACCCACCAUAAGCUGCAGGUAACACCUGACAAGGUCACAACUGACAAGGUCAUAGCUGACAAAGUUGGACUACAGAAACAAACAGCAGAAUGUACUAGAUGGUGUCUCAGUUAUAAUGAUUGAGUUUUAUCUCCUGAAGUAGAUUUGACAUUGUUUUUCUACUGAAAUCGCCUCAAAAUGAUUGUGCUGCCUGUAUCUGCAAAAAAGUCUGAUGAUGAGUUUUGGAGCUCUAAAGAAACGGUUUGUUUGUGUGUGAAGAUGAUUGUCUCUUUACAGAAUUCAAACUGGUCUUUGGUGGUUCACAGAAGAGACAUGGAUAUGGCUAUAAGUCUGAAAAUUCAGUGUUUUUAGUUUAGUCUUAUCGGUUCAACAGCCCAUGGUCUCAAACCUCCUGAUCAGUAAACUGAACCUGAGAGUCUUAUAAGACUGAGUAAGUAGCAUUCACGAGGAAGUGCCGAACUGCAGUCUGAGGUGAGGAUGUAAAGAUGAUGUUGGUAAUGAUGGAGAGACGGACAGAAGUGAGGAUGUACAGAAAGUGGACAACAGGUGGACUAAACAGACGUUAAAGAUGGAGAUUUGUUCUUUUACUUUAAUUAAUCUCAUUGUAAAGCACCCAUAUAGGCAGAUAAUGUCUGUUUCAGGGGGAUUUUUCUCUAAAUUAAAAAUAUUAGCUGACAGUUUAGACGAUCUAUUUUCAUGGUUAACACUCCAGCUGCUCUCAGUCUGGAGCUGAAGAUAAAGAUGUAAAUAGGCGUGAAUAAGAGGUGAAAUAUAAAUAAGAUACCAAAAUAUUACACAGAUCUAUUCAUUUAUAUUUUAGAAGCUGUAUUACCAUUGACUGUUUCAGUUCUGUAGCAUUUCAGGUUGUUUUUUUUUUUUCUGUUGAAUUUUUGCACUGGACCUAUGUUAAAUGUUUAAUUUACUGUACCUGCUCUGCUUUGAGAUGAACAUGCACUUACUGAGGCAUAAAACGGAGAAAACAAUAAACAUGUGUAAACAGACU